GCUGAUGCAGCUUUACGCCGGGCAGCGGCGGCGCCUGAACCGCGGGCUGCGGCGCAAGCAGCACUCGCUGCUGAAGCGGCUCCGGAAGGCCAAGAAGGAGGCGCCGCCCAUGGAGAAGCCCGAGGUGGUGAAAACCCACCUGAGGGACAUGAUCAUCCUCCCGGAGAUGGUGGGCAGCAUGGUGGGCGUCUACAACGGCAAGACCUUCAACCAGGUGGAGAUCAAGCCCGAGAUGAUUGGUCACUACCUGGGGGAGUUCUCCAUCACCUACAAGCCGGUGAAGCACGGCCGGCCCGGCAUCGGCGCCACCCACUCCUCCCGCUUCAUCCCCCUCAAGUGAGGGGGCCUCUCAAUAAAGGACCUUCCUCC